CCACGGGGCUACUCAAGAGCCAGCUGAACCUCACCGCCUGGCUCUGGCUUGAAUUUGUCCGGUGCCAGCGCUUUGUAGGUAUCUUAAAGGGGGCGCACAGGGGAAGGGUCCUGGAUGAUGGAAUGUGCUCUGUCUUGUUGCCCCUGCUGUGAGGCUCCCACCUAGCACACUGUGUUGGAGGAUGCACGAUAAAGCCCACCCGUUUGCUGCAAGGACUCCCAACGCAGCUCUUGCUCCUGCCAUGUGCUGCUGCUGCUGUUAGCUAGUCAAGCGUGUCUCCAGCUGCAAACUCCACCAAACAACACACUGCAGCCUCCUCCUCCUCCUCCAGGGAAAGAAUCCAAAGCGAUGAAAUUUCCAAUCGAGACUCCAAGGAAACAGGUGAACUGGGAUCCUCAAGUGGCUGUUCCCUCAGCCAUGCCAGCUUGUGAGCCCAAGACUAACGGGCACCAUCCAGCUCCACGACUCUCUGUUUCUUCCCGGACCACUGUGGUCGCCACCAUGGAAACCACCUCCCAGGGCUCGCAGACAGUCAUGAAGUGGAAAACAGUGAUGGCCAUCUUCGUUGUGGUUGUAGCUUACCUAGUAACUGGAGGUCUUGUCUUCCGUGCCCUGGAGCAGCCUUUUGAAAGCAGCCAGAAAAAUACAAUAGCCUCAGAGAAGGCAGAUUUCCUUCGGGAGCAUGUUUGUGUGACCCCAAUGGAGCUGGAGACUCUGAUUCAGCAUGCCAUUGAUGCAGAUAACGCAGGAGUCAGUCCCAUAGGAAACUCUUCUAACAACAGCAGUCACUGGGACCUUGGAAGUGCCUUUUUCUUUGCUGGAACAGUCAUCACAACCAUAGGGUAUGGGAACAUCGCCCCAAGCACUGAAGGAGGCAAAAUUUUCUGCAUUUUGUAUGCCAUCUUUGGGAUUCCACUCUUUGGCUUCUUGCUGGCUGGAAUUGGAGAUCAACUAGGAACCAUCUUUGGGAAAAGUAUCACAAGAGUGGAGAAAGUUUUCCGAAAAAAACAAGUGAGUCAGACAAAGAUCAGGGUGAUCUCCACUAUCCUCUUCAUCCUGGCAGGGUGCAUCGUCUUUGUGACCGUCCCUGCAGUCAUUUUCAAACAGAUUGAAGGAUGGACAGCCUUGGAAUCCAUUUACUUUGUGGUCAUCACUCUGACCACGGUUGGCUUUGGCGAUUUUGUAGCAGGGGGAAAUACUGAUAUCCAUUAUCGGGAGUGGUACAAGCCCUUAGUCUGGUUUUGGAUCCUCGUCGGCCUUGCCUACUUUGCUGCUGUCCUGAGUAUGAUUGGAGACUGGCUAAGAGUUCUAUCCAAGAAGACAAAAGAGGAGGUUGGUGAAAUAAAAGCCCAUGCGGCUGAGUGGAAAGCCAACGUGACUGCUGAGUUCAGGGAAACCCGGAGGCGGCUCAGCGUGGAGAUCCAUGACAAACUUCAGAGGGCAGCCACCAUUCGGAGCAUGGAACGUAGGCGACUAGGGCUGGACCAGAGGGCCCACUCAUUGGAUAUGCUCUCUCCAGAGAAGCGCUCUGUCUUCGCUGCUUUGGAGACGAGACGCUUCAAGGCCUCAUCUCAGGAAAGCAUCAACAACAGACCUAACAACCUGCGCCUUAAAGGGACAGAACAGCUCAACAAGCAUGGGCAGGGGUCAUCUGAGGACAACAUCAUCAACAAGUUUGGCUCCUCGUCCAAGCUGACCAAAAGGAAAAACAAAGACCUGAAAAAGUGCAUCCCCGAGGAUGUACGGAAAAUUUAUGAGACCUUCCGACACCUCUCCUUGGAUGAAGAGAAGAAGGAAGAGGAGACUGAGAAGAUGUGUAACUCAGAGAGCUCUUCUAGCACAGCUAUCCUGACUAACUGUAUUCAGCAACAUUUGGACCUGGAAAAUGAAAGCAUCCCCACUGAAACCAAAGAAAGGGAACAUGAAAACAAAACGUUACUUGAAGACAGAAAUUAAAUGUAAAAGAUGCUUGACUUUAAUUAACUUAUGUUACUGUUUUUAUAUACAUACAUAUAUAUAUAUAUUGAGACACGUGCCUUAUACAGACUCCUUAUUCAGUCUGAAUUACAUAGCAUUGAAGAAUAUUUCACUGUGCCAUAAUAACUGAAGCUUGCUCUGCUGAAAUGAAUCAGAAACACAGCACUGGAGAAUGGCAACAGAAAGCAACACAUGGGGAACUUCAGCCUGUGUAAGAUUACAGUGGCAAAAUGCAAAGGGAGAAACUUGCCAUGGCAAUACAACUGGAGUGCUACCACCAUGGCAAAUGUUUGCAAAGGACAGCUAUGUUAGAAGAACCUGUGGGAGGGUAAAAAAAGAGGCGAGAACUGUGUGUCUUUUAAAUUGAUCAUGGCUUCACUGAGCCUCCCACUGGCGAUUGAAAAGAGGAGAAAUGAUUAGGAUGAACUAGCAACUUUCAGUAAGGCUGAGUUUACAUUUUGGCACGUGGUCCAAGCUAGAUUUUUUUUUUCAUUUUUAAAAACAGAUGCAUUAUCUUUCUAAACUCCAAAAGCAUGUCCCUGGACUUGGAAUCCAGUUGGACGUUGGUUGUGAAAUCAAGGCAGACAUAUUGAAGGAUGUGAUUGCUUUUUUCAUUUAAAAAAAAAUACAAAAAAAAUUGUUUUCCUUUCCCUCAGAGGAAAUAUCUGAUAUAAACUCGCAAAUACUGAAUAAAAAGCAAGUUCAAACACUACAUGGUUAAAAAGAGGGGGAAAAAAGAUAUAUAUAAUGUUUUGCUUGACGCAUCAAAUAGUGGGCCAAUUUUUUUAACAAUUUUCUUGUUCACACUUUAUAUCACUGAAGGAAAUUCAGUUUUAAUGCUGUAAUACUACAGAGACAGAAAGAAAGCGAUAGCCUUUGCAUGAUGUCAGCAACUGGCUGUUCUCUGUAGCUGAAUUGGAAUUUUAAAGAAUAGACUUAAGAACAUUUACAAUACUAAAAUGGGGACCAGAGCACCCUUAGAAUCUCAGGGCUGUAUGUCCCUUUUGGUGGUUAGGGUUUAGACAGAAGCUGGUCAUACCCUCCAAAAAUAAACAAACAAAAAAUCCUAAAACAAAACAAAAGUUAAAAAAAAAAGAAAAUAACCAACAAAAACUAAAAAUCAGAAGAUGAUAAACUACGAUGGAAAUAGUUUAAGUGCUUAUAGCUUUAAGUGCCAUUAACACCACCUUAUUUUGUAACUUUUAAAAUAAGUCUUUUGAAUAAUUUAUUUGAUUUCUUUCCCUUUCAAUUUAUUUUCUGUUUGAUAUUUGCUUUCUCUAAGUCCCUUUUCUCCAUAGACUCCGAACACAAACUCUACGUGUUUUGAGACAGACAACGAAACACAACCAAACUGUGAGAGUUUUGUAUCUGUCGCUGUGACUGGACAUGCGAAUAUUGGAAGCACAAAUGUCUCCAGACUUCAAAGUGAACGUUAAGAGAAAAGACUGUGAAAUAGUUCAUGGGAACUGCAAACAAUGCUAUGGGCUGGGGCAUUCAGUCUGUAUGUGGUGCACUGCUUGUCAUUACAAACGAGAGGUUUUUGCAUGCUGGAAAUGAGACAUACAUAAUUGCACAAUUUAUCCUCCCCAACCCUCCCUUCACAAAAUCCUCAAAUUGCCCGUCAUGCAAAGUACUCCAAUUCUAACAGCAUUCCUUGUAGGUUUGCUGCCAAAAUAAAUGUGGAGAUAGGCUCCAGAUACAUUUUGAGUCUUUCUGGCUAUUCAUACAGCCAAGCACUUCCCAAUCAUGCGGGCAAAGAUUUUGAGAAGUGAGUGCCAAUAAAUGUCUGCACAAAAAUGCAAACAUAAUUUUUGUUUGCAUUUUCUGAGAUAUCGCG